AUGAAGAUGGCUGAAAGUUGCGUUAAAAUAUUGUUUGUUCUGUGUUUGACUGUAAUCUGUCACACUGGAGAAGCAGCGGAUGAAAUUAUUACAACAUUGCCGGAAUAUCUAUUACCAUGCAGCCGAAGCGAUCCAGAAUUAGACAACUGCAUCAAAAGGUCUUUUAACCACCUACGUCCAUAUCUCGCAAGAGGCUUAACAGAUCUUGAUGUACCACCGGUAGAACCUCUGCUCAUAGACAGGCUGGUGAUGGAAAAUUCGGCUGGACCAGUUCGAGUAACCGCUACCUUCAGUAACAUUACUGUGAUCGGGCCAAGUAAUUACACAGUUACCAAAAUAAGAUCUGACUUAAAGAAGUUACGCAUAGACCUGGGACUUGUUCUACCUCGCAUCGAAGUGACUGGCCGCUACGAAGUUACCGGCCAAGUUCUACUGUUUCCUGUUCGCUCCCAGGGUGACUUUUGGGCGUCAUUCACUGACGUUGCUGCUAUAGUGAAGAUCUUUGGCAAGGAGUUUCUUCGCCAAGACACUAAGUACAUGACGGCCGAUCGAAUGCUGGUAGACUUCAAACUCCGGGGCUCCAGAUUCAAAGUCCGGGAUACUGUCAACUAUGGCAGUGUUAUUGGUGAAGCAAUGAACCAGUUCUUGAACAACAAUGCAGCUGAAAUCAUCGAUGAAAUGCGUCCAGCUGCUUCAGCGGCAAUCGGCAAGCACUUCAAGGUGUUCCUUAAUGCAGCUUUUGAGAAAAUUCCAGUCGACCUCUGGUUGACACCCUAA